CCUAGCAGUUUCUCCUUCUUCUUAAAUCAAACAAACACACGCAUCAAGGAAAGCCAAAACGAAGAUCAAUUCACAAGUCGUCUUUUUCUUCUUCGAUACAAUGGCAGAACCGUCUCCUCUCACUGGAAGCAAACCUCUAAUCACGGACUCAGAUAUGGAAGCUGCGCAACAUCUUAUUCAACUGAGCGAAGAUAGCAGCAGCGACAACAUUGCCGGUAACAAGAGGAACAAAAGCUGUGACGGAGAAGAGGUUCAACAAAGGCCCAGUGUCAAAACCGCUAGGAAGAAGAGUCUGGAGAUUUUCGGGGAAGACGAGGUUUCUCAGCCAAAGAAACGGAAGAGGUAUCGAUCUCUUGUAAGCAUAUACAUGGCCACUGUACCUGUAUCAUUGUUUCAAAGGCGUGUCUGUAGAUGUAAAUGUGUGAAUCCGCUAUGGAGGAACCUGGUGAAUGAGUUGUAGUUUAUGUAAGUUCUUAAGUUCAAAUCUUUUAGACGAGGUAGUUUUACCAAGUCUUCUCUGCAUGAAUAGGAGACUGUGAUGUUAUAAGGAGACAUGACCAGUUUUGGUUUGGCCUUUGCAACACAAAAUAUAUGAAAGGUUUGUAAUGUGUAGAGUUAAUUGGACUUCGUAUAUGUGAGCCAAGUCAUAUGCUAUAUAUCAAUGUAUCAGAAAAUGAAAAGGAGGAAAGAAGAUGGGGAUAGAAAGAAGGAAAAGAAAAAUGAAAACUAAGAGGGAAUUUCAUACUUACACAAGAUCAGAAUGAUUAAUAAGAAGAAAAAUGGUAGAGAAAGUUGAGGUACGUGAAGAAGUGGAACAAAGGAAGGAAUUCAAAGGAAGAAGAGGGUCAGAAAGGCACCAGGAACUAUCUGAAUCUACUAUCGACCGGUUGAUAAAUAAACGAAUAGUUGAUAAAUAAACGAAUAGUUGCGCGUCCACAUUUCUAAGUUCUAACUUCUGUUACUGUUACUGUAAAGUUUAGGAAUGCUUGGUGCAUUACAAAGUAAAAGAAGAGAGGAAGAGAUUGAAUAUGAAGCAUGAUGUUGAUACAGAUUAAUUGGUAAGAUCUUUGAAGUUGCUCCUGAUAAAUCAGCCAUAUAUAGCUUUCCUAGGGGUUUUUAGCUUUCCUUAUCUUCUCACGUAAAAAUGAUUUUCUUAGGUUGCACACCUUUGCCAAUAGUGAAACAUGAUAAAGGAAACUUAUUUCUGUUGAAUGCAGACUCAAUUUAAU